AUGGACUCCUUCCUUGAGGAGCCGUCGGCUUCGACCGCCCCGACAGAAUAUGGCGACCACUCCGAGGACGAACCCCCCCUCUCCGAGAAGCAGCCGACGACGGCACAUCUGGGGAUCCCCGAGAUCAACAUCCGCGAGGCGCCCAGCGCCGAGACGCUGGCCGUCCCCCAGAACCACCUCCACCAGACUGCCCCGGGCCCUCGCUCGGAGACCGAAUGGAGCAUGGCGGACCGGGUGCGCCAGCAGCAGCAGCAGGCCGAAGCCGCGGGCUACAAACGACGAGAGCUGGGGGUGACGUGGCAGAACCUGACCGUGGAGGUGGUGGCGGCCGAGGCGGCCGUCAAGGAGAACCUGAUCACGCAGUUCAACGUGCCGCAACUGGUCCGGGACUACCUGCGCAAGCCCCCGCUCAAGUCCAUCCUGCAGGAUAGCCACGGGUGCGUCAAGCCCGGGGAGAUGCUGCUGGUCCUGGGCCGGCCGGGGUCGGGCUGCACCACCCUCCUGAAGAUGCUGGCCAACCGUCGCGAGGGAUACCGGGCCGUCCACGGCGAGGUCUCGUUUGGGGCGAUGAACCACCAAGAAGCCGCCGCCUACCGCGGCCAGAUCGUCAUGAACACCGAGGAAGAGCUCUUCUAUCCCCGCUUGACCGUCGGGCAGACCAUGGACUUUGCCACCAAGCUCAAGCUCCCCGCCCACCGCUCGCAGCCCGCCCAGGACCAUGUCGCCGAGACCAAGCAGUUCCUGCUGGAGGCGAUGCAGAUCGCCCACACCCAAGACACCAAGGUCGGCAACGAGUUCGUGCGGGGCGUCUCGGGCGGAGAGCGCAAGCGCGUCUCCAUCAUCGAGUGCAUGGCCACCAAUGGGUCGGUGUUCACCUGGGACAACAGCACGCGUGGGCUCGAUGCCAGCACCGCCCUGGAAUGGGCCAAGGCGCUGCGGUCCAUGACCGACAUCCUCGGCCUCUCGACCAUCGUCACCCUGUAUCAAGCCGGCAAUGGCAUCUACCAUCUCUUCGAUAAGGUCCUGGUGCUGGAUGAGGGCAAGCAGAUCUACUAUGGCCCCGCGGCGGCGGCGAAGCCGUGGAUGGAGGCGCUGGGGUUCGUGUAUUCGGACGGGGCCAAUAUCGGUGACUAUCUGACUGGAGUGACUGUCCCCACGGAGCGAAAGAUCAAGCCGGGCUUCGAACACCGCUUCCCCCGCAACGCCGAUGCGAUUCUCGCGGAAUAUCGCCAGUCCUCGCUGUACCAGCAGAUGGUCCAGGAAUAUGAUUAUCCCUCCUCGGAGCUCGCCCGCCAACGCACGGAGGAGUUCCAGGCGUCGGUGGCGUGGGAGAAAUCGCGACGGCUUCCGAAGCACAGCGCCCUCACCACCGGGUUUGGCGACCAGCUCCUCGCCUGCACCGUCCGCCAGUAUCAGAUCCUCUGGGGGGAGAAAUCCACCUUCCUGAUUAAACAAGUCUUGUCGAUCAUCAUGGCGCUGAUCGCGGGCUCGUGCUUCUACAACGCCCCCCAGACGACGGCGGGGCUGUUCACCAAAGGCGGCGCCGUCUUCUUCUCGCUGCUGUACAACUGCAUCGUCGCCAUGUCCGAAGUCACCGAGUCCUUCAAGGGGCGGCCGGUGCUGGUCAAACACAAGUCGUUUGCCCUGUAUCAUCCCGCCGCCUACUGUCUCGCCCAGAUCACCGCCGACCUGCCCGUGCUGCUGGUGCAAUGCGGUCUCUUUUCCGUCAUCUUGUACUGGAUGGUCGGCUUGAAGGCGACCGCCGCCGCCUUCUUCACCUUCUGUGCCAUCCUCUUCACCACCACCCUGUGCGUGACCGCGCUCUUCCGCUGCAUUGGCGCCGGCUUCAGCACCUUCGAGGCCGCCUCCAAGAUCUCCGGCACCGCAGCCAAGGGGAUCGUCAUGUAUGCCGGCUACAUGAUCCCCAAGCCGCACAUCAAGAACUGGUUCGUCGAACUUUACUACACCAACCCGUUCGCCUACGCCUUCCAGGCCGCCCUGUCCAACGAGUUCCACGACCAGACCCUCCCCUGCGUGGGCAACAACCUGGUCCCCCACGGGCCGGGCUAUGAGGACGUGGAUCCCGCCAACAAGGCCUGCACGGGGGUCGGCGGGGCGCAGCGGGGCGCCGACUACGUGACGGGCGACCAGUACCUCGCCUCGCUGCACUACAAGCACUCCCAGCUGUGGCGCAACUACGGCAUCCUCUGGGCCUGGUGGGGUUUCUUCGCCGUGCUGACGAUCGUCUGCACCUGCUUCUGGAGCGCCGGGGCGGGCUCGGGCUCCUCGCUGUUGAUCCCCCGCGAGAAGCUCAAGGCUGCGCGCCGCGCCCCCCGCCGCGACGACGCCGAGGAAGGCGGCCAGCCCGGGGCCCCCGGGGCCCGCGAGAAGGGGCCCAACGAGGCCCUGGACGCGGUCCACGGGGAUGAAGGCCCCCUGAACCGCAAUACCUCGAUCUUCACGUGGCGGAACCUCACCUACACCGUGCCCACCCCGACGGGCGAGCGCGUGCUCCUGGACAACAUCCACGGCUGGGUGAAGCCGGGCAUGCUGGGGGCGUUGAUGGGCUCGUCCGGGGCGGGCAAGACCACCCUGCUGGACGUGCUGGCGCAGCGCAAGACCGAAGGCACCAUCAAGGGGUCGAUCAUGGUGGACGGGCGCGAGCUGCCCGUCUCCUUCCAGCGCAUGGCCGGCUACUGCGAGCAACUGGACGUGCACGAGCCCUACGCCACGGUGCGCGAGGCCCUCGAGUUCUCCGCCCUGCUGCGCCAGUCGCGCGACACCCCGCGCGCCGAGAAGCUCCGGUACGUCGAGACCAUCAUCGACCUGCUCGAGCUGCACGACCUGGCCGACACGCUGAUCGGGACGGUGGGCAACGGGCUCAGCGUGGAGCAACGCAAGCGCGUGACCAUCGGGGUGGAGUUGGUCUCCAAGCCCAGCAUCCUGAUCUUCUUGGAUGAGCCCACCUCCGGGCUGGACGGGCAGUCGGCCUACAACACGGUGCGCUUCCUCCGCAAGCUGGCCGACGUGGGCCAGGCGGUGCUGGUCACCAUCCACCAGCCCUCGGCGCAGCUCUUCGCCCAGUUCGACACCCUGCUGUUGCUCGCCCGCGGCGGCAAGACGGUCUACUUUGGGGAUAUCGGCGACAACGGGGCGACGAUCAAGCGGUACUUUGGACAGCACGGGGCGCCGUGUCCCGUGGAGGCCAACCCGGCGGAGUUCAUGAUCGACGUGGUGACGGGGGGCAUUGCCGCCGUCAAGGAGACCGACUGGCACCAGGUGUGGCUGGCCUCGCCCGAGCACACGCAGAUGAUGCAGGAACUGGACCGCCUCAUCGCCGAGGCCGCCGCCAAACCCCCCGGCACCCAGGACGACGGCUACGAGUUCUCGAUGCCGCUGUGGGAGCAGAUCAAGAUCGUGACGCAGCGCAUGAACCUCGCCCUCUUCCGCAACACCAACUACGUCAACAACAAGUUCAGUCUGCACAUCAUCUCCGCCCUGCUCAACGGCUUCUCCUUCUGGCACAUCGGCCCCAGCGUCUCCGCGCUGAACCUCAAGCUCUUCACCAUCUUCAACUUCGUCUUCGUCGCCCCCGGGGUGAUCAACCAGCUGCAACCGCUCUUCAUCCAACGCCGCGACAUCUACGACGCCCGCGAGAAGAAGUCCAAGAUGUACAGCUGGGUGGCCUUUGUGACGGGACUGAUCGUCUCGGAAUUCCCCUACCUCUGCAUCUGCGCCGUGCUGUACUUUGUCUGCUGGUACUACCAGACCCGCCUGCCCACCGAGAGCGAGCGCACGGGGGCGAUCUUCUUUAUCAUGUUGAUCUACGAGUUCAUCUACACGGGCAUCGGCCAGUUCGUGGCCGCCUACGCCCCCAACCCCACCUUCGCCGCCCUCGCCAACCCGCUCAUCGUCAGCACCCUGGUGCUCAUGUGCGGCGUCUUUGUCCCCUACAGCGAGCUCACCGUCUUCUGGCGCUACUGGAUGUAUUACCUCAACCCCUUCAACUAUGUGACCUCCGGCAUGCUCGUCUUCGGCAUCUGGGGCGCCAAGGUCACCUGCAAUGCGGAGGAGUUCGCCGUCUUUGAUCCCGUCAAUGGGACCUGCGGCGAGUAUCUCCAGAGUUAUAUCGACAAUAAAGGCUGGCGCGUGAAUCUGGUCAACCCGGACGCCACCGCCGAUUGCCGCGUGUGUGAGUACACGGAUGGGAGUGACUUUCUCACCACGCUGAAUCUCCACCAUUAUUAUGACGGGUGGCGCAAUGCGGGGAUCUGCGUCAUCUUUGCCCUUGCCGGGUAUGCCUUGGUGUUUGGGUUGAUGAAGUUACGGACGAAGGCGAGUAAGAAGGCUGAGUGA